AUGACCGACUUUUCGAGAAGCAGGCAUGCGACGCGGGUCCUUACGAAGUUGCGCCUGGGGCGCUGGAGAAAAGUUCAGGAGGUCUUUGAGGAAAUGCUGCUCUCGCAGACGGAAGUCAAUGUGAUCCACUGCAGUGCUGCGAUCUCAGCGUUGUCUGCGCAAUGGCCCUUGGCAUUAUUUUUCCUCGAGCUGGCCGGAGCCCUUGCAUCGGCCCAGGGCGAUGUUGACAGCGUCAGCUUUAAUGCCAUGCUGGGUGUGUAUGCCAAGAACUCGAUGUGGCAGGCGGCCCUGGUGGCCCUGGACUUGUGCAAGGAACAAAAUGUUGACGUCGACGUCGUCGGAUUCAGCGCAGCCAUGCGUGCAUCUGAGCAGGCUAGCUGCUGGAUCGUUGCACUGGCAAUCCUCGAAGAGAUGUUCGCUUGUAUGACGAGACCCAACGCAGUCACCUACGGCACGCUCGUCAGUGCCUGUGGCAAGGCCGCAGAGUGGGCUGCAGCCUUUGCAUGCUUGGACAUACCACGCAUGCGAUCUUGGGAGCCCGGGCCCAACCUCAUCACCUUGAAUGCGGCGAUUACGUCUUGUGACAGAGGCUUGCAGUGGCAAGCGGCCUUGGACUUGACAUCAUGGCUUGGCAGCCACUCUGCCAAGCCAGAUGAUGUUACCUUGCGAGCUUCCAUGAGUGCAUGCCAGAAGGUUGGUCGAUGGUCCCACAUCCUUUCCUUGCGACAGCGAGGAGUUGAAGAAGGUUUGAAACUUGGGGAGAUUGGCUGUCGCUCGGCCAUCGAUGCUUGCAGCGCCCGUGCGUGGCGAUUGGCCUUGGGGCUCUUUGCUGGCUCGCUCGCCGCGAGGCUUCAUGGGCUCCAUGCGUCUGGUGCUUCCGGACUAGAGCACUCAGUGCACUUGGGUACAUCCAUGGCAUUGAGUGCCCUUAUCUCGGACCAGUUGCCAUGGCGGACGGUUGUGGACUUGCUGCAAAGUUUGUGCCGCAGUGCCGUCCGGCUGAACGACGUCUGUGUCAACUCGGGCGUGAGCACCUAUGCACCUCACCGUUGGGACGUGGCCUUGCAAGUGGUCCGAGAGCAGAAGUUCAACAGUUUCAAUUGGAAUGCUGUUAUUGCGGCAUGCCAGAGAGCCAGCCAGUGGCAGCGCGGCUGCUGGAUGCUUCUUGUGCCCGGGAUUGAUGUGGUCGGCUUCAACGCAGCCUUGCAAGAUUUGGAGAAGUGGCGGCACGCCCUAUGCAUCUUCGGUGAGCUGUCCCUGCGCAGCCUUCAGAAAACCGCCAUCAGUGUCAAUUCCUUGGUGGCUACUUGUGAGACGGCCCGGCAGUGGGCUCUGGCGCUGCUUGCUCUGAGCCUGCGAGAGAGCAUGGAGGUGACAGCCGUGUCAUGCAAUGCUGCCCUCAGUGCCUGCGAAAAGAGCAGCUUUUGGGAACACUCCUUGCUGUUGCUCUCGAGUUCGCAGGCCUGGCUGUCCCCAGACGUUUUCAGCUUCAGCGGUGCGAUCAGUGCCUGCGAGAAGGCAUCAACUUGGCAGACGGCGCUCCGCCUCCUGGCCGGCAGCGCCCACUGUCGUGUGCGCGGCAAUGUGAUCUGCGCCAAUGCAGCGACCAGUGCUUGUGAAGGAGCGGGGCAAUGGCGGUUGGCUCUUCUGAGCUUUUGUUGUCUUCGGCAUCAAGCCUUCGAGCCGGACCUUCUAAGCCACAGUGCAGCCAUGAGCGCCAUGGAAAAGGCAGGUAGAUGGCAGCUGCCGACCUUGAUCCUGCGGGAGAUGCCCUGUCGCGGCGUGCAAGCAGACGUCAUAUGUUGUCAAGUGGCUUGGAAUGGAGGUCGCCAUCAGUGCCUGCGAGACAGCGGAAGUUUCGCGGAGCAGGCGACUGUAUGCGUGACUGCACUUGGACAAGAGAGGCCCCCGGGUCCCCUGGCCGCCAUGGCCCUGGACUUGGGCAGAGCGCGGCAUUUUUGGCGCUCGCGAACCAGUGAAGCCCAGAACGACCUGGACUGUCUGGACAAGGAAUGCUUCCUACACUCGGAGCAGAUCUGCUAA